AUGGAGCUGUUGCCUCCGCCACCGACCCUGGCACCCCCGCCGCACCCACGACGGCGGAGCCCAAAUCCACCGCCGUCGUCCCCCCCACCCCCCCUGCGAACCCACAGAUCCCGGCUCCCCCACGCUGGCCCACCAUCUUCGACCAUUGAAAGCAGCGCUAGCUUCGCCCAGGCGCGGACCGAGCGCCCCAAGAGCCCUGCCAUCGUCGGGUCAGUGCCGGUCUCCACCCACCCGCGCCUGAAGUCCAUCGUCGUGGGGUCUGUCGUCCUUGUUGAUGCUGAGCCCCAGGCCGGGAAGCGCGUCCACUUCGCCUCGCGCCCGCUCCACACCAACCGAAUUUACUCCCCCAACGGCGCCCAACCGGCCAAAUCCUGCUUGAAAUCCGCCUCUGCUGCUUUGAUUGCCGGCAUCCUGGGCACCUGCCUGGCUACGGAGCGACCUGGGCAUUCAAGGCGCCCCCUAAUUGUUCCUUCCCAAGAGGAGUGCAAGCUGGAUGUGCAUUCAAGUGCCACGACUGUCGCGCCGCGCGAAGCAGACGGAAGGAGAGUGGACGCCAGUGCGACGGAAGUACUGGUGGCGCAGCGCCGAAUUCAAGCCAUCUGCGCCUUCAUGCCGCCCAACCACCAGGGUCACUUCAUCCCGCUCCAUCACCAUUGA